ACCAAGAUCAUGGCUUCAAGUGACAGAUCACCGGAUCCGACUCCUAUUCGCGGCGGAGAUAACACGGUACCGCCGGGGCAACCUAUGUCCAUGGAGCAACACAUGCUUGACAAGGGUGCACAGAUGUUGCAAUCUUUAAAACCAGUGAAGCAAAUGAGCCAACAUGUCUGCAGUUUUGCAAUUUACAGCCAUGACAUGAGUCGACAGAUUGAAACUCACCAUUUUCUCACUAGGAUUAACCAGGAUUUCCUUCAGUGUGCUGUUUACGAUACCGAUAAUGCUAACGGCCGUCUCAUCGGAGUGGAGUAUAUAGUGUCUGAUAAGACAUUUGAAAGUUUGCCACCUGAAGAACAAAAAUUGUGGCACUCUCAUGCUUAUGAGGUGAAAUCAGGAUUGUUGAUCCAUCCUCGUGUACCUGAGAUGGUAGCAAAGCCUGAACUGGAAAAUUUGGCCAAAACCUAUGGCAAGUUCUGGUGCACAUGGCAGGUUGACAGAGGUGAUAGGCUUCCAUUAGGAGUACCUGUUCUUAUGAUGUCUCCACAAGCAGUAAACUUGGGGAUGGUGUCACCAACCCUAAUCGAAAAAAGGGAUUACAAGUACAACAUCCUGACCGAUGCGAUAAAGCAAUCGAGGCUUGAAAUUCCAGAACCGGAGUGGAUUAAUCCUCAAGCUGAUUACUGGAAGCAGCAUGGGAAAGGUUUUGCAAUUGAUGCCGAGUCUACUCAAAUGAAAUUGAGGGCACCUUUUCCGUAAAUCCGUAUAGAUGGAUAUAGUAUAUGUGUGUGUAUAAGUAUAUAUAUAAGUAUGCUUUUAUGUAUGUUUUUGUGUUUAUGGAAGGGUUGGUUGUUUGUAAAAAGAUGUUACAAUGAUAUGCUUAAUGGUUAUAUCUGUAUAAAUAAAUUUA